AUGUCCCCAAACCUCGAAAUCACCAUCCCAACAACCAGUCUCUCCCCAACCUCUCCUCCCUACACUGUCUACAACCUAACGCUCCGCCUGCCGCUCCGCUCCUUCACGAUCGCAAAGCGCUACUCCGAAUUCCUCACCUUCCACCAGACCCUGGUGACGCAAACCAACGCCGAGCCACCCGCGCCGCUACCGUCCAAAACCUGGUUCAAAAAUACCGUCUCCAACGCCUCGCUCCGCGAAACCCGCCGCCAGGCCCUAGAAGCUUAUCUCCAGGCCAUAAACGAUGCAGAUGAUGCCCGGUGGCGCAACUCGCCCGCCUGGCGCGCGUUCCUGAAUCUGCCCUCGGCCGCCAACGCUUCGCAUACCUCGACCAGACUCCAUGCGGCCAUUACCGACCCGGGGAGCGGUGCGGGUGGCGCGAAUAAUCCUAUCACCGAUCCGACGCUGUGGCUGGAUGUGUAUCGCGACAUGAAGUCGCAUUUGCAUGAUGCGAGGUUGCAUUUGACGCGGCGGGAUCAGGAGACCACGCCGCAAAAGCAGCAUGAGAGUUCGGCGCGCGCGAAGAGUAGCCUUGUCAGGGCGGGGAGCCUGAUUGCGGCGUUGGAGGCUGGGUUGAAGGUUAUGGGUGAGACGGCGAAUCGCGCGCAGAGUCCUGGUCGGAGGGGAGGGGAUAGCUCGUUGGGAGAUGGGGAGCUGCGGCGGAGGAAGGAUCUUCUUAUUAAUGCGCGGAAGGAGAAGGAUGGGUUGGAGGAUUUGUUGAAUGCUAUGGCGGCUAAGAGUCGGGUGGAUAAUGCGGUGGCUUCGGUGCAGGAUAAAGAGGCGUUGGUUGGGAACGCGAGUAGGAAGCCCGCGAGGUCGGGGAGGGUGUUGGGGAAGGAGACGGAGAGGACGCGGGAACUGGAUAACCAGGGAGUGCUGCAGUUGCAGAGGCAGACGAUGGAUGAUCAGGAUCAGAGUGUGGAGGAGUUGUUGAAGAUUAUACGAAGGCAGAAGGAACUGGGCAUUGCUAUCAAUGAGGAGGUGGAGAUUCAGAAUGCCCUUCUGUCGAUAGCUAAUGAGGAUGCUGAACGGGUACACCGCAAGAUCGAUAUUGGAAAGAAGAGGAUAGGGAAGAUUUCCUAG